AGUGAUGGAGAAAAUGCUGAUAUGCAGGUGAAGGUUAAGCGUGUGAUGUCCGUCCCGUCGCGUUCACUGCAAAGGCACAGGAAGGUUGAGGAAACCUCCUCCCGUAUGUUAGAAUACUAUCGUCUGCUUCAGCAAGGACAUCUCUCCUCCUAGACAAACGAAUAAGGGACUCCAAGCGUCAUGUUAAGGUAAAGCAGAGGGGCUCAGUGCUGAACAUGCUAAGGAGGCUGGACAGAAUCAGGUUCAGAGGUCACAAGAGAGAUGACUUCCUUGAUCUAGCAGAGUCUCCAAACGCCUCAGACACCGAAUGCGGAGACGAAACGCCCCUGAAGAUAGCUCGGACCUCGCCCCGGGACAGCGACGAGUUGAAGGACCCUGCUGGCCCAGGGACCCUCAUCAUGGCUGCAGGAGUCCAGGACUUUAACCGGACAGAGUUUGAUCGCUUAAAUGAGAUCAAAGGUCACCUGGAAAUCGCCUUAUUGGAAAAACACUUCUUACAGGAGGAGCUCCGGAAGCUGCGAGAAGAAACCAACGCGGAGAUGCUGCGGCAGGAGCUGGACCGGGAGCGGCAGCGGCGGAUGGAGCUGGAGCAGAAGGUCCAGGAAGUGCUGAAGGCCAGAGCCGAGGAGCCGCCAGCUCAGCAGCCUCCGAAAGGGCAGGCCCAGGUCAAUAAUGGAGCAGGCCGACGGAGCCAGGGGCUGUGCCCCCGUGUCCAGAGGUGGUUCUAUGAGCAAUUCGGGGAGUGCGUGGAGGACUUCCGGUUCCAGCCCGAGGAGAGCGCGGCGGAGGCGGAGGAGCCCCUCAGCGCCCGGAGGUUGACCGAGAACAUGAGGAGGCUCAAGCGCGGUGCCAAGCCUGUCACCAGCUUUGUGAAGAACCUCUCUGCCUUAUCCGACUGGUACUCUGUCUACACGUCUGCCAUCGCCUUCACCGUGUACAUGAACGCCGUGUGGCAUGGCUGGGCCAUCCCCAUGUUCUUAUUUCUAGCAAUUUUGAGGUUAUCCCUCAAUUACCUCAUAGCCAGGGGCUGGAGGAUACAGUGGAGCAUUGUGCCUGAAGUGUCCGAAGUGGUGGAGCCUCCAAAGGAAGACCUGACCGUGUCUGAGAAGUUCCAGCUCGUGCUGGAUGUCGCCCAGAAAGCCCAGAACCUCUUUGGCAAGAUGGCCGACAUCCUGGAAAAGAUCAAGAACCUGUUCAUGUGGGUGCAGCCCGAGAUCACCCAGAAGCUGUACAUCGCGCUGUGGGCCGCCUUCCUCGCCUCCUGCUUCUUCCCCUACCGCCUGGUGGGGCUGGCCGUGGGACUCUAUGCGGGAAUCAAGCUUUUUGUCAUCGAUUUUAUCUUCAAACGCUGCCCAAGGCUGAGGGCCAAGUAUGACACUCCCUACAUCAUCUGGAAGAGCCUCCCUACAGACCCCCAGCUCAAGGAGCGCUCCAGCACCGCCAUGUCGCGCAGGCCGCAGAUGGCCGCCUCGCGGAGCUACGUGUCCAGCACGCCCGCCGGCCUGAGCAAGGACGAGGACGCCAGCCGUGUCCACGGCGCUAAGAAGAGCAAUUUCCACGAAAUCUUUAACUUGACAGAAAACGAGCGUCCGCUGGCAGUGUGUGAGAGCGGCUGGCGGUGCUGCCUGAUAAACAGAGACCGGAAGAUGCCGACCGACUACAUCAGGAACGGGGUCCUGUAUGUGACGGAGAAUUACCUGUGCUUCGAAAGCUCCAAGUCCGGCUUCUCCAAGAGGAACAAAGUCAUCAAGCUGGUGGAUAUCACGGACAUCCAAAAGUACAAGGUCCUCUCCGUCCUCCCGGGGUCAGGCAUGGGGAUUGCCGUGUCCACGCCAUCAACACAGAAACCGCUCGUGUUCGGCGCCAUGGUGCACAGAGACGAGGCGUUCGAGACCAUCUUCAGCCAGUACAUGAAGAUCACGGCGGCGGCGGCGGCAUCGGGCGGCGACAGCUAGUGUUGGCUCGCCGUGACGUCGCUGGGAGUUUUUCUUUUUUUAACAAUUCGGUAGUGGAGAAAAAUCGGACAUCCUCGUGCUCUUUUGCAAUAACCCCCUGAUCUGUGGUUUCUAUUGUGUUGACCCUGCGUUUUACAGACCCCUUGGGUCAGGGGUCGGGACUCUCGAGGGCGCGUCUUGUGGACGCAAGGCCACCGGGAAGGAUGACACGCAGGACACACCGCCGAGCACAGCUGCGCCUUCUCUGUCCCCACCGGGUGGAGACCGGCGCAGCCGCACCCCGGCUCCUGGAGGCCAGCAGCUCUGCCACACCAAAGCCAUACGAGGAGCACACGGCGCCCUCCCCGGGGUGAAAGACGCCGGCGACAGGCGACGUGGGGGCCCCUGGCCAGUGCCAUGAACGGGACCGCCCUUUAGGGAGACUCCCGUGCACGUCGUGGGAGCGCGGUGCUGAGCAGCUGGCCGGGGGCCCGAGAUCAGCUCCUCAGGAGGAUGCGGAGGCCCAGGAGGACAGCCGCUUCGGGGGUGCUCCGAGCCUCGGGGCCGCCCCCGCCUCCAGGCGGCUGUGCCGGGGUGGGAGUGGACCAGAGCGCCUCAGGCUGGAGUGCGGGGCGGCCAGGCUGGCAGAGGGCCUGCCCAUGGGGGCUGUGCAGGGACGCUGGGGAGGUCAGCCGGCUUUGGGGAGUGACCGCGAGCAGAGAGCCCAGAGGUCGGGGUCCGCACCCCUGGUGCCUGCACACACUCGGCGGGGAGGGGAGAGAGCCUCGCCCUCGGGGAGGUCA